UUAAGUCUUACUUUUACUGUUAAGGUUGUUUAACUUAAUUGCCUCAACACUGUCAACCGCGAUCGAUCUUCCAAUUCAGCAACAUGAAACUCUUCACCAUCUCAGCAUCCCUCGAUCGCGAGCUUCAGCCAUCGCCGGAAAUGAAAGAUUCAGUGACGGCCAUGGAGAAAAUCGUAGGUCACAACUUCAAGAACAAGAGGCUCCUAGAGGAAGCUCUCACACACUCCUCCAUCACUUACUUUCCCUCGUAUAAGCGUCUCGCGGUGCUCGGCGACGCCGCCCUUGGCCUCGCUAUGAGUAAUCACCUCUUUCUUGCUUACCCCAAUAUGGAUCAAUGCAACUUCACUGAGCUCCGCUCCGCAAAUGUUAGUAGGGGGAAGUUCGCAUGCGCCGCUGUAAAACAUGGUUUUUAUGGCUGCCUUCGCCACAGAUCACCUGCUCUCGAUAAUGAGGUAAGAGAGUUUGCCAGAGAGGUAUCUAUAUGGAAUGGAAAAAAUGAGCCGACACUUGUAUAUGAUGGGGCUAUACAACCCAGUCGUGUUCUUGCAGAAAUUGUGGAGGCAGUGGCAGCUGCUGUAUACAUUGACUUGAACUUUGAUCUGGACAAACUAUGGAUGAAAUUCAAGCAUCUUUUGGAGCCUAUAGUUACUCUCGAGGGAUUGCUACAUCACCCUGUGACAGUGUUGUUUAAGUUUUGCCAAAAGCAUGGAAUGCGUGUUGAAAUCCAGGGGUCGAGAAAUAAUACCGAAAAUUUAAGUAUUGCUUGUGUACGUGUUGAUGGUUACAUCGUUGCCUCGGCUUCUUAUAAGCAUAUGGAAAUUGCUAGGCUUUCUGCUGCACGAACAGCUCUAUCUGAGUUGUCCAAUUCAUUCGACAUAAGCUGUAAGUCGGUUAAAGUUGUUACAGAAAAUGAAGCUAAACAGAAUUUGAAUGUGCUUUGUGACAAGAAGAGGAUCCCUAAACCAACUUACAAAAUUGAGAAAGAAUCUGGUCCUGCACAUGAGAAGAGAUUUGUAUCAUCAGUUGAAAUUGCAACUGUAGAGCUAAAAAUGAUGGGAGAUGAAAGGUCGACAAUAAAAGAUGCGGAGAAUUCUGCGGCUGCCUUGAUGAUCCUUUGUUUACUACAAUCUGAUACUAUGACCAACACCAAAGAAGCAGGUAAUAGUAGGAUUGGUUAUUUUCCCUCAGUACUCUACAGACUUUGUGUUAUGAUUCGUUGGGUGACGAGGCUGCUUGUUUUUUGUUUCAAAGGAAUAAGUCUGUUAGUUAUUUUCUUUACCGUGGUCAAAUUAGUUAUUGGGUAGCCUUUCUCUUUAUUUCCAUAUUUGGAGGUCACUCUUGAUUCCUCUUGGAAUUUCAAAGAGCUUGUUUGUAUGGCCUCGUUCGAUGUUCAGGACUAAAUAAGAAUGUUGGUCAUUGAUUGAAUGUUAAUCAUGUUCUACAUUCAUAUGCACCACCAGAUUUCGCAACCCAUGACAAGGAGAAAUUUUUAUGGGUAAGCACAGAAUCAAGACAAAACAUAUGAAGAAAUUUGUAUCCUCAGAUAAAAUUGCAACCGCGGAUGGUGUGCUAUCAUGACAGGAGAUGAAAUGUCGAGAAUAAAAGAUGUGGACAACUCUGCAGCUUCGUCGAUGAUCUGUGCUGUACAAGAAUCUGGUUAUAUAUGAUACAACUCUGAUUUUUUA